AUGUUUAACUUUUCAUUUCAACAAAUUUCAACACCAAAUACUUUUCAAGUAGAAAUCGUUCCAUCAAAGGGUGGCUCAGCUCAAAAUUGUGGUGGAAAAGGUGGUCUUUUGGGUGAGUCAUUUACAAAAAAAAAAAAAAAAAAAUAA